GAGCGAAAGCUUUGCUCGCGACCAAAUUUCCACAAUUGAAUCGUGCGCCUUCGACGAGAGAGCGCAAGUACUCCAGUACGAGAUGGCCAGCGGCGCAAACCCGACGCCAACGCAUAGCCCACCGGGCCCAAAUGCCCCGCGCCCCAAAGGCAUUCUGAAGAAUUCGUACCGCGGCUCGCCGCCACUCUCCCCGACCGACGGACAUGGCGGAUCGCAUCCGGCGGCCCAUUCCAUGUCGCCCAAGGCGGCCAAGGAGCUCACAAUCGCCAACACGCAGUACAACGCCGGCCAUCGCCGCCCGUCGUCUGCCGCUGGCUCGCGGCCGGGGGGCUCACGCCGGCAGAGUUCGCUGCCGCCGCACAAGCCGGGAAAUGGCGAGGAGGAGCAGGGCCAGCGCCUGAAGUGGGACGAGGCGAAUCUGUACCUGACGGAGCAGGAGCGCACCAGCACGAUGAAGAUCAACGAGCCCAAGACGCCCUAUGCCAGGCACUACGACCCUUCCGAGGACCCGUCCGACGUCGACGACGAAGAAGAAGGCGUGGCCGAGCCGCUGGACCCGGGCAGGGCCGACCUGGACCGCGUCGAUGGUGUGCCCCGCCGGCGGGGGCAAGCGCAGCAGCGGCGUCGAGCGGGGGCCGCCGACGACGAGAUUCCGCGCCUCUCGCUAGGCGAGCCAGAGGAGGAGGUUCCCGAGCCCGAGUUCCCGGCGUCUUCGUCGUCGUCUCGACACCGCGCGGUCCACGUGGACAGCAACGGCAGCGGCCACGACACGGACGGCGAGGAGUAUAUGGUGGGACUGAGCGCCGAGGAGCGCGAGAAGCACCGACGUUUCGAGGAGAUGCGCAAGAAGCACUACGAGAUGAAGGACGUCGCCGCGCUGCUCGGGCACCCGGAGCAACUCGAAGACGAGGAUGAUGACGAUGAUGACGACAACGACAAUGACGACAACGAUGGAGAGCGGCGCGGCAUCCCGCCUGUGCCACCGCUGCCGGGCCGGGUUAACGGUUCAUCCUCGAUUGGCGCGGAGGACGUCUGCGCGUCAAAUCCAAUGCAUCUCGUACGGCUGCAGCGGCCCUUCCAGAGGGCUGCUGCCGCCGCGGUUCUGCGGCCGACAACGACGACGACGACAGCGACGACAAGCCUUGAAGAUCGGUUUGCGCUCCUCCGCAUUCGCUCGCCGGUCGCCGCCAACGCCGCCGUGGCCGGCAGGCGCUAUGCUACAGUCAAGUCGCAGGGCGCCUACAAGCUCAAAUCGAAGAAGACGAUCCCCAAGAAGAUGGGCGCCAAGAAGACUGGCGACCAGUAUGUCAUCCCCGGAAACAUCAUCUACAAGCAGCGCGGCACCAUCUGGCACCCGGGCGAGAACACCAUCAUGGGCCGUGACCACACGAUCCACGCUGCCGUCGCCGGCUACGUCAAGUACUACCGGGACCCCCAGCGUCAUCCAAAACGCCAGUACAUUGGCGUCGCCUUCAACCGCGAGGACAAGCUUCCCUAUCCGCCGGCGGCGCCCCGCCGCCGCAAGCUUAAUAUGGUGGCCGUGCCGCGGAAGGUCGAAGAGCCGGUCGAGGAAACCACAGCACCCAGCGGCAUCCCGCUCUCGGUCACGCGGCACGAGCCGGUUGCUGAGACAACAACGACAGCCGCCUCCACAGCAGCGGCAGCCGAGCAGAGUACCGCAAAGUUAGAACGACCCAUUCCCCUGGUGGACGGGAACGCCGUCGUUGCCAGUCUCGUCCGGGAGAAGCUCAGGAGCAGGCAGAUGGGCCAAGCCAGGGCGGAGGCGCGGAUGCGCGAACAACAGAAGGAGCUCGAGGCGCGCAAGGCGACACGCGUGUUCCGCCUGCAGAGCGACUACAGCUACCGCGAGACCAACUGGGAGAUCGGCCGGCUCGUGGGCGAUGCCGGCGUCAUCCCUGGCACCGAGAAGACCGAGUCAAGAAAAGCCAAGUUCCGGCUGCGCAAGAGGAGACGCGUUUUCUAUUACCGUGGCCUCAAGAGCCGCAGGCUGGCCAAGGCCCGCCGACGUGAGGAGCACGCUAGACGGGUGCGUGCAAACCGGGAACGGGCUAGGCAGCAGGCCGCCGCCGCCGCCGCCGCCGCCGCCGCCGCCGAUGCUGCCAAGGCCGCUGGUGCCGCUGCGGCCGGUCCGGCCAAGGUUGCCCAGGGAGAUGAUGGGAAGGUGGAUGCUUAGUGAUUUCAGACCAUGGUAUGGUCCGGGGGUGUGGGCUGCUGCUUCGGGCAAUGCAUCAGUGCGCCCAGAGUGGCCUUGUACAAUAACUUGUUGCAAAAAUAGAUCCCGUUGUAACGCGCCUUGUUUUCGAGAUUUCGGGGCAGGCAGGCGGCUUCACAACGAAUUGGCGAUCGUGAGUCGCUUCCCUACUGGGUUACGGAGGCACCGAACAAUGGUAUUCAGUCCAUUGU